UCCAGUCUGGCAAGUUCUUGCAGGAAGCCAGGGGAGAAUAAUAAGCUGGGAGCCAUGCUCAGGCGAUCAGGCACAGUCUGACGACCUGGGUGCUGUUUACUUUUUAACAAAGCAAACAAGCAGCCCCACGGCCUGGUCACCUCAGCACCUUUCGGACCUGUCAGGAGUGAGUCGUUUGUGUGUGUGUCAAUAAGCAAUCUGCAGGUGGAUUUUAAGGAGAUGUCAGGGACGCUGCCGGUGCCACAGAACCCGAGGGACGAGGAUGGCGCUUCGGGGCGAGGAUCUGAGGACGAGAAGGGAUCCGUUGGGAGCCCUGGAACAUCGGAGUGCGGCGACGCCCCCCUGCUCCACACCUCGGACACCCUGGAGUACCCCGCCGGAGGCCGAUCUCCGGUUGCCGCGGAAACGGGCCUGGAGCUGAAGGCCCUGGGCCAGGCCCCGGAGGUGGAAGACGGGCCGGGCGACGGGAGCCGGCUGUGGGCACCUCCGCCCGCGGUGAACCCCGACGUGAGGGUGGUAGUGGCCCGCCAGCCGAGUGAGGAGUCCGAACGCCGGGCCUUCCUGACAGGCCACUGCCUGCUUCCCGACUCCGAGUGGCCGGGGGCGGACAGGGAGGAGGGCUCGCUCGCGGGCAAGCGCCAACCCUGCCCUCGCUGCUCCCGGCCUAACCUCAAAGCCACGGCCUCCCUGGUGGGCGCCCUGCUGGUGUACCCCUGCUUCCUGUACGGGGCCUACGUGUUCCUGCCCUUUGAUGUGCCCCUCAUGCCUGACGUCAGCGCCCGCUUGACUUAUACAUUCCGCUGUGGCGUCUUCGCAACAGUGCCCAUUGUCAUGGGCAUCGUGGUGUACGGCCUAGCGAGGUGCUGCUCCUCUGCUGUCGACCCUUUCGGGCCCCGCAGGGAGGAGGUGGAGAUCCACCUGCGCUUCGUGACUGACUCCAUCCAUCUCUACGUCCUGUUUGUCGUCAACCUUGUGGUCCUAUCCACCUACCUCCCUCAGGAAGGGCUCAAACUCGUUCCGCUGCUGACCGCCUUCUUCGCUCUGGCCAGGCUGAUUUACUGGCUGACGUUCGCCAUUAGCAGCACAUUCCGUGGAUUCGGAUACGGCCUGACCUUCUUCCCCAUCCUAGGUCUCGUGGUGGUGAAUCUGUGCUACAUGUUUGUUCUGGCACCAGACAAACUCUUCGCUACGUCCCCUGGCGAGCUGGAAGAGAAGGAUGUUGGCUCCAGCCCUCGCCAGAGGUUCUGGGGCUGAGGAGUAGGCCCAAGGCUCAGAGAAAUGGACUCCUGUCGCCACGGUUACCGGCUUGCACUCACUCUGUCCUACCCCAUUCCUGAUCUUCACUUUUGUAAAGAGAUCUCCCUCGGUCCCCUCAGCAUUCCCUGUCCUCCGUGUGAAUAUUAAUUAAUUUAUAAUCGUUUCUUGUUCGCUGCUGGGCCUAGGAUUGGGCCCACGCAGACAUCGUGGUGAUUAAAUCGAAUUGUGGUA